AUGAAAGGCUCGCCGAUCGACGCGCUGAUUCAGAACUGCCUGCUGCAGGAGCGGUCCGGCGAGAAGACGUUCCAAUACAAUUCCAAGGACCAAUCGGCCUAUACCUUAAAGUGGUCCUUCCAUAACGAGUUAGGGUUGGUGUUCGUGGCGGUGUACCAGCGUAUGCUGCAGUUGCUUUAUGUGGAUGAUCUGUUAACGGCUGUUAGGGAUGAGUUUGCGGAUGGGCACUACGAUCCGAAGAAAACGUCUUAUCCGGAUUUUGACGACGUUUUUAAACAGCUGCUUCGCGAAUCUGAACAGCAUGCGAACGAAUUGAAGCGGCCGAAGCAGGUUACCAAUUUCGGCGAGACGAAAAAGGGCAAAGGCAUGCAAAAGGCCGCGGGAGCGGGGAAAGGAAAAGGAACAGGAGCUAAUCAGAGAAAGGGAGGCGUGGCGAAAGAUGGCGGAGACAGUGGGAGCGACGAAACCGGCGAUGAGGACGGAGCGGCGAACAAUGAGGCAGAGCAGCCGGCUAGCCGUCCCAGCAGCAGCUCUGCCGUCUCCUCUGCCGGUGCUUUUGACGUCUCGAAGCUCCGUAACCGCGCCAGCCGCAAGCAGGCUGCGGCGAAGAAAACUGGUAACGGGCUUUUCGACUUCCCGUUGAAUCCCGCAAAAGGCGGCGGGAAAUCCGACGGAAAAGCCGACGGAAGCGCGUCGGAAAGCGAAUCGAAAAAACCUAAGAAGCAGAUGAGGAAGUGGGAUAACGACGGGCCGGCUCUGGAGCGGCAGGACUUCUCGGAAGCUUCGGAUCAUGACACUGACGUGGAGGUUGUCGACGUGGCGAAGGUGGGGAAGAGCAUGAUGGAUCGAGAUGAAGAAGAGGAGGAGGAGGACGCGGAGUGGGGGGAGGAGGAUGAGGAGUCGGAGGAGGAAGGGGGGAGGGAGCGGAAGGGGUCGCGCAGGCACGUGGGUCGCGGGGACGAUGGCAGUGAGGGGAAGAAGACUGGAUGGCUUGCUUCGGUUUUCCAGAGCGUGGUGGGCAAGGCGUCGCUGGAGCUGGCGGACAUAGAGCCGUCGCUCAAGGUGCUCAAGGACCGCCUCAUGAGCAAGAACGUGGCGGAGGAAAUAGCGGAGAAGCUGUGUCGCUCAGUGGCGUCGAGCCUCGUGGGCAGCAAGCAUGCGUCCUUCACACGCAUCUCCUCCACCGUGCAGGCCGCCAUGGAGGACGCCCUCACGCGCAUCCUCACUCCCAAGCGCUCCAUCGACAUUCUGCGAGAUGUACAGGCUGCCAAGGAGGCAAACCGCCCAUACGUGGUGGUGUUUGUGGGGGUGAACGGGGUGGGCAAGUCCACCAACCUGGCCAAGGUGGCCUACUGGCUGUCGCAGCACGACAUCAAGGUGAUGGUGGCGGCGUGUGACACCUUCCGCGCCGGGGCAGUGGAGCAGCUUCGAACUCACGCCAGGAGGCUGCAGAUUCCUCUGUUUGAGCGGGGGUACGAGAAGGACCCGGCAGCCGUGGCGAAGGAGGCGAUCAGGGAGGCGACGCGCACCAAGAUGGAUGCGGUGCUGGUGGACACGGCUGGGCGCAUGCAGGACAACGAGCCGCUCAUGCGAGCGCUCUCCAAGCUAAUUAACAUCAACGAGCCUGACCUGGUUCUGUUUGUGGGGGAGGCAUUGGUGGGCAACGAUGCAGUGGAUCAGCUGACCAAGUUCAACCAGCGCUUGGCUGACCUCUCCUCUGCGCCCACUCCCCAUGCUAUUGACGGCAUUUUACUCACCAAGUUUGACACUAUUGAUGAUAAGGUUGGUGCUGCCCUGUCCAUGGUGUAUGUGCCGCUAUCCUCGGACGAUGUGCGGCUGAGAGCACAACAGGUGGUCAAAUGUAAUGAAUCCCGCAAGGAAGUCAUGGUCACGCAUAACGUCGCGGGAAAGUCAAGCGAAAGGGCGUUCAAUUUUGAUAGAGUAUUUGGACCGACGUCGAAGCAGCAACACCUUUACAAGCUCGCGAUCGCACCUAUUGUAGAGGAGGUCCUCGAAGGUUUCAACUGUACGAUCUUCGCGUACGGUCAGACGGGGACGGGGAAGACCUUUACCAUGCAAGGAGACGUAACCCGAGCCGGAGAGAAUGGACAUCUUCCGGAAGGAGCAGGAGUUAUUCCACGGUCUAUCAAGCAUAUCUUCGAUACCCUUGAUAGUCAGGGGGCCGAGUACAACAUCAAAGUAACUUAUCUGGAACUUUACAACGAAGAGAUUACGGACCUUCUGGCUCCAAACGAAAUCCUUGUGUCGUCCGAGUCAAAGAAGCCAAUCGCCUUGAUGGAAGAUGGAAAAGGGGGAGUGAUUGUGCGUGGCCUUGAAGAAGAAGUUGUCAACAACUCGUCUGACAUUUUCACACUACUGGAAAGGGGGUCGGCCAAGCGGCGGACAGCAGAGACGAUGCUGAACAAGCAAUCCAGCCGCUCCCACUCCAUCUUCACUAUCACUAUUCACAUCAAGGAGUCAACUCCGGAGGGUGUGGAACUGAUAAAGUGCGGGAAGUUGAACCUGGUCGACCUUGCUGGUUCGGAGUGCAUAGGACGAUCUGGCGCCAAAGAAGGACGCGCACGAGAAGCUGGUGAGAUCAACAAGAGUCUCCUGACUUUGGGACGAGUAAUCACAGCCCUUGUAGACCACACUGGUCACGUUCCUUACAGGGACAGCAAGCUCACAAGGUUGCUUCGUGACUCUCUUGGAGGCCGGACAAAGACUUGCAUUAUUGCAACAGUCUCUCCUGUCGCUCCUUGCUUGGAAGAGACCUUGAACACGCUAGAGUAUGCUCAGCGUGCUAAGAAUAUCAAGAACAAGCCAGAGGUAAACCAAAGGACGACGAAGUCAAAGCUGCUGAAGGACAUGGCAGGAGAAGUUGAGAGGUUGAAGCAAGAGUUGAAGGCUCAGCGCGAGAAGGAUGGCGUUCAUCUUACAGUUCAGCAGCACGAGAACCUGCUAAAGCAGGUGCAGUCCCUCAAGGACCUCACUGGCCAAAACAGUGAUGAGCUCGAGCAGAAGGCGGAGGAGAUUAAGCAACUGAACGAGCAACUGGAGGUGUUUUCGGGACGAGUGGAUGAUUUGACAAAGGAGAGGGAUGGUCUGCAGGAACAUGUUGACUCGCUUUCCCGAAGCUUGGAGAAGACUGAAGCUGAUCUCCAAGAAGCAGUGUCAACAAUUGCAAGCAUGACUCAGGCUGAGACACAGCUGGUUGUCACCUGCAAUAGCCUUCGACAAAUGCUCGUCACCGUCAACCACGACAAUAAUCAACUGUUUGAGAAGAUUGAGAAAAUGCAGGAGACUUCAGUCCAUAACCGGGAUGCAGCUACCAGUUUGAAGCAGCAGAUGGACAAUCAAGUUGAUAGUGUUCGGGCCUUCAUAGUAAAGCAGAUGGAGGAUUUUGCUUCUCAAGAUCAGCAAGCAUCACAAGGCCUUGAAGGCGUCCUCAGCCAGUCAACUAAGGAUUUGGGCCAAGUGACGGAAGAGGUGUCCCAGUUGCGGCAGACGGUAUUGGGGGUGACACGACUCAUGAAGGAGCGUGUGCAGCAGUUUGUGGACAAGAACAACAGUUCUCUCCAGUCCCUCAUGGACGGUCUUGACCCACAGCAAGAGGAAAUGGAGAAGGUUCGUAAGAACAACUUCUUUUCCCCAUUUUAUUGCUCCAAAUACUGCACAUUUUGCUCAUGCAAGGCUACCGUGUCCCUGCAGUUACUUGAAGAAGCUUCUGCGUCAUCCAAAGCAUCACUUCAGCAAAUCCAAAGUUUGCUGACAGGUCUCUCAACUGGCUGGGACAACGUGCAAGGGUGGUGGAAUCAGUAUUCGGAGAAACGCAGCACAGUGUCAACUUCUGCCCUGGCGUCCUUGGAUACCGUCAUUGGUCGAUUGCAUGAAAAGACGACUGUUUGGUCUGACAUGAUAGCUCAUCACAAGGAGAGUCAUAAAGAGGAUAUGAGCAGACUAGAGAAGAAGGUGAUGGAUAUUGAGAAGCAGAAGUACAAGAGGAUUAUAGAGGCAGUGGCCAAGAUUGCACAGCAAGAGAUGACCAACACCGAGGACGCGGUCAAAGAAGAAGUUGCUCGCAUGGAAGCCACUGUGAACAAGUUAUGCUCCGCUACUGAUGAUACAAGUCGUGCUGUGGAGGGUGAUUUCUCCAGCAUGUCAAGCUUCAUUGCUGAUCUUCGACAAAAGGAAGCCACGGCAGACGCAGAGGCCUCAGAUGAAGUUGCACGAAAGAAGUCUGAAGCUGACGAGAUGGUGGCUUCGUGUGCGGAUUGCGUGGAAAGGAUGGAUGUAGAGGGCAGCAAACAUCGAUCACUUGUUGCAUCACGGUCCAAAUCUUAUUGUGACCGCGUGAAAAAGAGCAUCGGGGAGUGCCAUCUCGAGUCAACCAGCCUUGGCAACGUCACCACAGCUGACCAGGAGCAGGCUGAGGCAAUGUGCAACGAAGGAGCUGACAAGCUUGUCACUAUGAUUUCAGGAAGUCAUGGUGCGCAGCAGGGGAAGCUAACAAGUAUCGCAUCCUCACUUUCCGAGUCAUCUCAUUCUGUGCCACUGGCACUGGAGCACCACAAGCAGCAAGUCGAGGAUGUGAAGCGAGGCAUGAAGAGAUACCUGGAGGAGGAUCUGAAGGCGGAUGCACAUACGUCAAGAACGCCACAGAAGCGACGAUUUGAGAUUCCAACAGAGGAAGACAUUUUGAGGAUGUGCCAUCGACCCAAUCAGGCCCAUGGGCCUGUGCCAGUGUCUCUUCCCCCAAAAGCAGCGCCCUCUCCCAAGCGAGGCGCUCCUUCUCCUGGGAAACUUAGAGCUGCAAUGCAGAAGUCUGGGUUCCCUCGGGGUCCUCGGGGACCGCUGUUCACCAUUUCCCAGAACUAA